UUCAAUAUGGCAGCGCGCUGGGUGUUUUGUCGGUCGUGUUUUCGGCUUCUUUGUAGACCCACUUUUGCAGGGAGACGCUCACACGCAAGUAGUUAUGCUUCGAGUGCAUCCGAUGCAUCGAGUGAUUCCGAUGACUUUGAACAGAAAGAGACUCACUUCGGAUUUGAAACUGUGAAAGAAACCGAGAAACCAGGAAAAGUGUAUGAAAUUUUCAAGAAUGUUGCAGAGAAGUAUGAUGUUAUGAACGAUGCAAUGAGCUUGGGCAUCCACAGAUUGUGGAAAGACCAAUUCAUGCAGGUUCUCAAACCAACACAGGGGACAAGGUUGCUUGACGUAGCUGGAGGAACAGGGGAUAUUGCCUUCCGUUUCCUGGACUUUGUCAGAAAUGCCCAACUGAGCAGCCUCUCUCUUGGAAGGCAAAGCGACAGCAGUUCGUCAUCAGAUUCAGGCUCUGACUCGGAGUACACCUCAGACAAAGGAAGGUCCGGUUGGAGAGACGGCACAAGGGUGACCGUGUGUGACAUCAGUCUGCCCAUGCUGAAGGUUGGCCAGCAGAGAGCAGAGGAGAGGGGUUUGACAGAGGGUAUUUCGUGGGUUGUUGGUGAUGCAGAGGAACUCCCUAUUGCAAGCGAGUCAGUUGAUGCAUGCACCAUAGCGUUUGGCAUACGAAAUGUCACACACGUUCAAGAGGCGCUCAAUGAAGCACACAGAGUUCUUGUUCCUGGAGGACGCUUUUUGUGUCUCGAGUUCAGUCACAUCAAUAACCCACUUCUCAGAAGUUUAUAUGACAACUACUCCUUCCAAGUGAUACCAGUUCUUGGUCAAGUUAUAGCAUCUGAUUGGAAGUCCUAUCAAUACCUGGUAGAAAGCAUCAGACAGUUCCCAAAUCAGGAGGAAUUUGCUGAGAUGAUCCAAGAUGCUGGAUUUUCGAUGGUUACUUAUGAAAACCUUUCAUUCGGAAUUGCAGCCAUACACUCUGGCUUUAAAUUAUAAGAUAGUUGAAUCUGAGUCAGCUUUUAAUUCAAGUAAGAAAAAUUAUUAUGCAAUAGUACAGGAAUGUAAAAAGGUAUGGCCAAAAUUUGGCAUUGACAGCUAUCAUUUUAACAAUCUGUGGUAGACGUUGCACUGGACAGAAACAGCAAUGGUAUACAUGUGAAGAAUAUUGUGAAAACAAUUACUGGAUUUUCCAACAUGACAUUUAAUUAUUAGACAUUGCUUUUAUUGGAAAAAAAUCAGUGUCUGUUUUGUACAGAAUUUCCUAUUACAGAAAAAACGAAAACAGAUUGGUCUGAAAACUGUAGAGGUUCAAUUUUUCCUUUCCGCAGCUACGGAAGUACCCUAAAGUUUGUCCUUUCUUAAUCAAAUUCUUGUUAUAGAAAAUUCCAUUGUCGUAAACUUUGAACAUUUGAUUUGUACAAACAAGGGAAUAAUACACAGCACCUAUACAGAAAGUCAACUCCUGAGAAGUUUUAACAGAUGUGGAUGGGAAGUAUCAAGUUGAUGAAAUAGGCAUGCAACUUGGACUUUGACAAAGCACAAGGAAAUUCUAAUCUUUACAACACUUUGUACAGCAUUUUUCAAUCUUCAGUGGCAUGAGUGUGAAGUGAAAUACAAGGAAAUCAGCUGAUCCGAGGAAAAGUUGCAUGCCUGUAUAAACUGUUGAGUUUGUUUUAGGUCACUGAGAGGGCUAAAUAAUUACAAGCUGAGGCAAAGUGGAAUUUUUAUUUUAAAAAUCAUACCUUCCCGUACUGGUAACUGUUCUUUGUCUUCUUUUUUUAAAAAUUUGAUUGCAGACUGAGUCCUCAUGAGCCAAUCUCUUCUAAAAGCUGAAAUAAAGAAGUGGUAGUAUGUCUUUUGA